AUGACGUACCAGGCCACCACGAUGGUGAAGAGGAUAGACCCGUUCCAGGUCCUGCCCGUGGAACUGAGUCUGUUGAUCCUCAAACACAUGGAACCGCGAGGCAUGGUCCGCUCCGCCAUGGUCUCCCGCUCCUGGCGCGACCUCGCCAACGACGAAGCCCUCUGGAAAGAGCUGUGUGAAGAGCAGCUCAGCGCGCGGGACGGGCACGACAUGGAGGCGCUCCUCCAGUCCAAAGAGAACGCUUCCACCACCUGGAAGGAGAUCUUUCUCAUUCACGCGUUCCACUUCAAGGAGACGCGCAUUCUGAGCGAGGAGCACCGGAAGCUGCUGGCGACGGAGUGGCUCGAUCGCGACGUGUCGUGGAAGCUCCAGUUCCGCGCGACCAGCGACGGCUUCGACCCCGCGGCCUUCCACCAGCUCUGCGACAACCGCGGGGCCACCAUCACCGUCUGCGUCAGCGCCAAAGGGUUUGUGUUUGGAGGCUACAACCCAAAGUCGUGGAGCGUGGGAUCGAGGGAUCCGGAGCUGCGGAACAGCCCCGACGCGUUCAUCUUCUCGAUGACCAAUCACGUCGACAAGCCGCCGUGCCGCAUGUUUCCCACCAAGGACCCGCGCAGCGCCUGCAGCUCCAACAGCUCCUAUGGGCCUGUCUGGGGCAACGGCUACGACUUGGGCGUGUUUGGAUUCCCGGACGGCCGCGGCAGAUCGGCGUGGUGCCGGCUCGGCGCGACCUACACGGCGCCCUAUCCGAUGUCCGAGAUCGGCAACCAGCACUACUUCAUCGGCGGCAAGCCGCGCGACUUCGACCUGGCCGAGGUCGAGGUCUACGUCGUGCGGCGCGACCUGGGCCGCCGCCGCAAGAAGAUCCUCCAGCGCCAGGAGAAGAUGGCCGAGCGAGAGAAGGCGUUGAAGAACUCAGGGUGGGCUUGCUCGGCUUGCACGUUUGUCAACGCCGGCACCAAGAUCCAGUGCGCAGUCUGCGCCACGCCCCGGGGCAAGUCCAAGCUCUUCGCCAGCAGCGGCAGCGGCGCCCUACACCUGCAGAACCAGCGGACGCUCAGCGGCAGCAGCAUCAACUCGGGAAGCCAGAUCGGUAGCGUCAACAGCGUCGGCGCCCCCACGCGCACUCUGUCGCAUCGCCAGCCGUCGCCGCUCAGCCCCGCCGCCUCGCGCCGCACCAACCCAGCCAGUGGCGGCAGCACCAUAACCUCGCCCGCCGCCUCGCGUCGCAACCACAACAACCCCGCCGGCAGCGGCAGCACCAUCACCUCGCCCACCCCAGCGCGGAGGUUCAAUGGCGCCGCCAGCGCCAGGCCCAGCGGCUCGUCCACGCCCACCGCCGCCCGGCGGGCCAACCUCAACGGCUCGUCCGCCACGCCCAGCGGCCUGCGCCGCAACGCGAGCACGAUGAGCCUCGUGGGCGGCGUCAAGGGAGGAGGCGCGACGCGGAGCUCGGACGCGCUGAGGCGGGUGGCGGAGGAGGAGGGCCCGGCGGCCAUGGUGCGCCGGCUGUCGCGCGAGCGGGAUCGGGACCGCGAGGCCGCGCUGGCCGCCGCCACGCGCAUGGCUGACGUCGAGUCGUCGAGCAAGAUCGCGGAGGACCGGCGCAGGAUGCCGCCGCCCAAGGAGCGCAAGAAGAAGAAGAGCAAGUUGAGCCUGUCAGAGUCGUCUUCAUCGUCGACUGAUGAGAUGAUGGCCAUCGGCUUCAGCACCAGCACAAGUACGACGACCACGUCGACGAAGCCGAUGACUCUCCGCCAGAAGAUCAAGUCGCCCUCCAACGAUGACUUGAGCCCGCCUGCAGCGUCUUCAUCAUCGUCGUCAUCGUCAUCAUCGUCAUCAUCGUCAUCGUCGUCAAUGUCGGCGACGGUGGAGAAGAAGAAGAAAACGAAGGCGAAGAAGAAAGAGAAGGAGAGAGACGAGAAUGCGGAGGACGAAAGGGCGGCCAAGCUGGGCGAGGACCGGCGCCGCAAACCGACAAAGUCGACCGAGACGCCCGGGAAGCAGCGCGAGGGCUCCGUGCGACGCGAGCGGAGGGAAAAGAGCGAAGACGGCAAGAAAGAGAAGAAAGAGAAGAAGGAAAAGAAGAAGGAGAAGCGGAGUGGGUCAUCUUCGACCUCGGGCGAAUUCGCGGUCGAUGCCGAGCCCAAGAAGAUCGGGACCCUGCGCAAGCUGGUCAGCCACAAGCCCAGCGUCCAAUUCACCAAGAACGAAGUGAGCAUCUCGUUCCGCCGACGAACCAAGAGCGUAGACAAGGAGAAGGAGAACAACGUCAGCAAGGCGCCCAACGCGCCUCCUCCGAGCUCCAUCAGCGAACUGCGCUCCUCCGAUUCCUGGAGCGUUCGUGCCAAGUGA